AUGGAACUCAAAAAUCACACAGAAGUUCCAGAUUUCCUUCUUCUGGGAUUGAAAGAGGAUCCAGAACUGCAGCCCUUCAUCUACAGCCUGUUACUGUCCAUGUGCCUGGUCAGCGUCCUGGGGAACCUGCUCAUCAUCCUGGCCAUCGGCUCUGACACCCACCUCCACACCCCCAUGUACUUCUUCUUCUCCCACCUUUCCUUUAAUGACAUCUGUUUAAACACAACCAUGAUCCCAAAGAUGCUGGGGAACAUCCAAGCACUGAAUCAGCAUCACAUAUACAGGCUGUCUCACCCAGGCUGGCUUUUCAAGGUCUUUGUAGUUUUUGAAAAUUGUCUCCUUGAAGCAAUGGCCUAUGACCGCUAUGUGGCCAUCUGUCACCCACUGAUUUACACGGUAAUAAUGACCCCCCGGCCCUGUGUCCUGCUGAUUCUGCUCUCUCUGCUCCUUAGCGUUGGCGAUGCCCUGCUCCACUGUCUGGUAGUGUUGUGUCUGACCUUCUGCACAAACAGGAAAGUCCCGUGCUCCUUCUGUGAACUUGCUCAGGUCAUCAACUUGGCGUGUUCUGAUACCUUCAUCAAUAAUAUCCUGAUAUAUUUUGUGACUUCCCUCUUUGGGGGUGUUUCUGUCUCUGGGAUGAUUUUCUCUUAUACUCAAAUGGUCUCCUGUUUUGAGAAUGCCAUCACCUGA